AGAGCCCUCUACAGGGAUGUCAUGCAGGAGAACUAUGAGAAUGUGACCUCGCUGGAGUUUCCAGUUUUCCCACCUGAUGAGCUCUCUCAGCCUCAACAAGACAAAGACCCGUGGGUCCCAGAUCUCCAUGAUUCAGAGGAAAGCGAGAUCCUGAGCGGUACCUGCCCAAGGGAGGAAUCAUUCAGCCAAUUUGAAAUCUGUCCGUGGCUGAAGGAAACAGCUGGGAUUCCCGACAGAGACCUUGGGAGUUCUCCGAGUUCAGGAUUGUCCCCAGCAGAUGAUGGGAUGCCAAGUGAGAAGGAGGAGCACCAACCUCAGCAGGAAGAUGCUGAGCAAGAUGAACCACCCAGGACAUUAUUGCAAAUAUCUGAGGAGGACGAUUCCAGGAGUCGUGAGCAGAGAGAAGGACGUGAGAGUCAGCACAGGCCAGAGAGAAAGCAGGGAAAUCAGCCAAGGGAGAAAUUGAAUAAAUCCAUUAAUAGUUGGGGACCUCACAAAUACAUCAAGGAAACCACAGCCCAGCCGAAAAUCCAGGCAGGAGCGAGAAACAACACAUGCUCCGAGUGUGGGAAAAAUUUCAGUAGCCGCUCAGUUCUUCUUAAACAUCAGAGGAUCCACACAGGGGAAAGACCCUAUGAAUGCCGCGAAUGUCAGAAAAGCUUCACUCACAGGUCAUCCCUCAUUAAGCAUCGGAGGAUACACACUGGAGAGAGACCCUAUGCGUGCUGUGAGUGUGGCAAAAACUUCAUUGACCGUUCAGCUCUUAUUAAACAUCAGAAAUUCCACGCAGGAGAGAGACCCCAUGAAUGCAGUGAGUGCAGAAAAUGCUUUACCCAGAGCUCGGACCUCAUUACGCAUCAGCGAAUCCACACGGGAGAGAGACCCUAUGAAUGCAGCGAGUGCGGGAAAAGCUUCACUCAGCGAGCAUCCCUCAUCAAACAUCGGAGAAUCCACACUGGCGAGAGACCCCAUGAAUGCUGUGAGUGCGGGAAAACCUUCACUCAGAGCUCAGGCCUUGUUCGACAUCAGAUAAUCCACACGGGGGCGCGAUCCUACGCGUGCACCGAGUGCGGAGAAAGCUUCUCUCGGCGCUCGAACCUGAUCGUGCAUCAGAGAAUCCACACCGGGGAGCGACCCUAUGGGUGCUGCGAGUGCGGGAAAAACUUCAUUGACAGCUCAUCGCUUAAGAAGCAUCAGCGGAUCCACACGGGGGACAGGCCUUACGGAUGCGGCGAGUGCGGGAAAACCUUCACUCGCAGCUCAAACCUCAUCACACAUCAGCGAACCCACACAGGGGAGAGACCCUACGAGUGCAGUGAGUGCGGGAAAAGCUUCACUGACAGCUCUCUCCUCAUUAAACAUCAGAGGAUCCACACGGGGGAGAGGCCCUAUGAAUGCGGCGAGUGUCAGAAAAGUUUCACAGACAGCUCAGACCUUAUUAAGCAUCAGCGAAUCCACACCGGAGAAAAGCCCUAUGAAUGCGGCGAGUGCGGGAAAAGCUUCACUGACAGCUCAGACCUUAUUAAGCAUCAGAGAAUCCACACGGGAGAGAGGCCUCAUGCGUGCUGCGAGUGCGGGAAAAGCUUCACGCAGCGUUCGUGCCUUGUUAAACAUCAGCGGAUCCACACGGGGGAGAGACCCUACGCGUGCGCCGAGUGCGGGAAAAGCUUCGCUUGGCGCUCCAACCUCAUUGUGCAUCAGAAGAUCCACACGGGGGAGAGACCCUACGGGUGCUGCGAGUGUGGGAAAAAAUUCAUUGACAACUCGGCGCUCCUGAAGCAUCAGCGAAUCCACGUGGGGGCCAGACCUUAUGAAUGCGGCGAGUGCGGGAAAACCUUCACUCGGAGCUCCAACCUUAUUAGGCAUCAGAGGCUCCACACCUCAUAGAGGCGCUCUGGAUCAGUGGUCUCCAACCCGCCCGCCAGACGACGAGCCACGGAGGACCGUGGCGGCGGGACGAGCAUCCGCCGACAAGCAGCAGCGUGUCAAUCGGCGGCAUUUCACCAACACCUCUGCAUGAUGCUGCUUGUCGGUGGCCAGGACACGGGGCCACCUAGAUGCCCUGGCGGGUGCCAUGGCACCCAUGGGCACUGCACUGGGGACCCCUGCUCUCGAUGCUCUGAGCGUGGGGAAAAACAUCUAUCUGCUCUCAGCCUUUACUGAUCGGGCCAACCGAUUUUUUUUCUGCUGCUCUAACAUGGUUAGGGGUGAAGGGUUUAACCUUUAACUGUUUUUCUUUUCUUCUUCCACCCUUUUUCACACUACGAACUUUUUCGAACUUUUGCUUUUUUAACAUGGCUUGAGAACCCAGCUUCGUCUUUUACGUUCCUCGUGAUCUGCCUCGGUUUUAUUUGGGGAUUUUUUUUAGUAAGGCUGUAACUUUGUUUCCCCCUUUGCUGUUUUAAUUUAGACGCUUUUUGCCUCAGCCUGUGACGUUUUCGCUGACUAUUACAUACCUGCUUUUCCCUUGCCACGACUUGCGUGGCCCGAGUUACACUGCUGAUGCGGAGGGUACUUGGAUUUGACUUCCGGCUGGAGAGAGAUUUUUUUAAUUUUAUUUUUAAAUUGCUUUUUAAUUUUUGCCUUUAAUUCAUUCAUUUUUUAAUUUAUUAUUAUUGUGAUCAUCUGCUUACAGAGCUGCAGCGAUGUUGCAGGGCCGGAAAAGGCUUUACAAAAACAUUACCGUUCUCUUGUACAAAAUCAAUACGCGGUUUUAAAAUAUUAUUUUUAACUUUUAUUUUUAGGGAGUUUUUAUAUCUAUUUUUAACUUAACCAGACUCCCAGCCUGAGCCCUGAGUUCCAGUAAUGGAAAGUAUUCAUAAAUCGACUUGCUGACUAUGUCACAGGGAAAUUACAGGUCGCUACCCUACCCUGCAGUUCUUCCCUGUUGCACAGGAAACCAACCAACCAACCAUUCAUGCCGAUCAUCCCCUUCUCUCCACCACUCCUGGGUGGCUCGCCAAGUCUGUUACUCACGCGUUUUCGAACCCAAAGCACUGGUAACUUAACUGGUUCUUGUUAGGAAUAAAUUAAUGGGGAUGCAGCUAGUUUUGUUUCACAAAUGAUUGGCACAAACAAGAGUGCUUUAACUAAAACGACUGUCUAUAUCGUUAGUAAUAUAGGCAACGGUGCUUCAUGCUGCAAAGCUUUAGGACAAGGAUUAACCACACACAAGUUCAAUCGAAGGAGGGAGCUUUAAGGGGCUUUGAGGUUGUGGUUCAAACGCGAACAAUCAUUUGGUUUUGGCGCUGAACUGUUUAACAGCUCAGUGUGGAUCGCACGGCCUGGCUGAAAUUCUGGGAUUGAGAAUGGACAGCUGCCUCUGGGGGUUCCUGUUUUAGGAUUUAUGAGGGUUGGUGAUCCGUUGCAUUCAUUUCAUCAGCUGGCUAAAUUGAUAACAUGAUUGCAAUGCAAUAGCAUUGUCAACGCAUUGAUUUACUGAUUUUUGACUUUAACGUCCGUGUGGUCACCCAACGGUUAAUGGAGUCAUGGAUAGAGCAGUUUAGACUUAGCGAUGUGUGUUCUUGAUUUUGAAGUUGGUUUUUUUUCAGUUUGAAUAAAAUGUAUCAA